AUGGGUAAUGUACCAGCUAAAGAAACAAGAAGUAGAUCAAGUUCUUCGGUUUCCGAUUAUCGGAAUUCAGCGUCUUCUACCACCACCCAUAAUCUUAGUACUGGAUCUUCAUCAUCAUCGUCUUCUAAACGUAGAAAUACUACAUCUUCAUUAUAUGGAAUAGUUUCUUCAUCAUCAUCAUCAAAUCAUCAUAAUCGAUCUGGUUCACAUGAUUUAAGGAAAUUGAAACGACAAGAAGAAAAGGAACAAGCACAAAUCCAUCAUUAUAUGCAAUUAAUUGUUAAAUAUAAUGAAAGUGUUGAUGGAGGAUAUUUAGCUCCAUUUGGAACUUAUAAAUCCAAUCUUGAUUAUGAUUGUGAUAUUGUUCGAAAUUUAAUAAUAAAUCGAAAAUUAUCACCAUUUUUCACUCCAUUACAAGAUUUUGAUGAAAGUUGGACUGAUGAUGAAUUAUGUAUAUUAUUAGGACAAUUGACAUUACAUGCAUUGGAACCUGGAUAUAAUAAUGAAGAAGAUGAAGAUGAAGAAGAUGAUAUAGAUAAUCAUAAAAUUCAUAAAUCUGCCAAUUAUUAUAAACGACAAGAAGAAAAGGCCAAAUUAAAAUCAUUAAUUAAUAAAGUUAAAGAAUUACAAAAAGAUGAAGAACAAAAAUAUUUUGAUGAAAAACAAAAACAUAAUAAAGAUUGUUCAAGUCGUGAUUUAUUAUUAAGAUUAUAUCGAAAUGCUAAUGAAUGUCCAAUUUGUUUUUUAUAUUAUCCCAAACAUUUAAAUAUUUCUCGAUGUUGUUUACAACCAAUAUGUUCGGAAUGUUUUGUACAAAUUAAAAGAUUAGAUCCUCAUCCACCUCAUGAUGAUCAAUCUAAUCAAGAAGCAGGAGAACUACCUCAUCGAUUGAUUUCAGAACCAGCAAAUUGUCCUUAUUGUGCAUCACCAGAUUUCGGUGUUACUUAUGAACCUCCAAUUGAUAUUCAUACUGGUAUUGAUGGUAUUAAACCAGGAGAUUAUAAAAUUAGUCCACCAAUAGUAGAAGAAUCAGAAUUGGAACUGGAACUGGCAAUAGAUGAUUCUGCUACUGCUACUACUGCUGAUGGUACUCCUGGUAAAGGAGAAAUAAAUUUAAAUUCAACACCUCCACCAGUUAAUAAUAGUUUGUCACCGAAGAAAAAUUCAUUGAAAAAAAGACGAGGAUCAUUAGCUGCUAAUGCUCCUGGUGUCAUUACCAUUGAUAUGAUUAGACCAGAUUGGGAAACUAAAUUGAAUUCUGCAAGAAGUAAAUUGGCAAGAAAAGCUGCCACUGCAAGUGCUAUUCAUGCAUCUAAUCUAUUACUUGAUGAAAAUAGUAAUAGUAAUGGCAGUGGCAGUGGUAGUAACAACAAUAAUAGAAGAAGAAAUAAUUCAUCGGGUCGUUCAAGUAGUUUUGGUGGAUCUGGGUCUAAUAAUAGAUAUGCUACUGUUGAACAACGAAUGAUUGAAGAAGCAAUGAGAUUAUCAAUUUUAGAUGAAGAAGAACGGAAAAGAAAUGCCAGUAAAGAGAAUAAAAAGUAG